AUUUGCACUUUCUUGACCAAUACUUUAGCUAUUGUGCAGCAUCCACACCGAAGCUAAUCUCCCUCUUGGUGAACUGUAGCAGAUUCUUCAAUGCCUCUUUAAGGUAACACAUGAACAAGCGAGGGAAAAGAAGGAAACCAUUAGUGAACAUGAACCAAACUCAGAAGAUACAAUUCUGUUGAGGCAUCCUGGGGGGCGUCGAAGAUUGAUUGAAGUUGAAGGAAGUGAAUUUGGUGGCAAGAAUUUCAAGUCAUUUUAAAUAUUAAUUAGGAGAGAUAUUGCAAAGGCUUGCUUCUAUAGCACCCUCAAGUUAAAAAGACUAGGAAGUGUUGGAUCCACUCAAUGAAAAUGAAGAAAGAAGAUAUUGCUCGAGGGCUAGGAAUCAGUCACAAGGUGGAUUCUACUUCUCAUGGAGGAAACAAAGUUUUGCCAAUAAGCGAGACCACAUUGUCAUCAUCCACUAACACAGAUGACCAAUGUGGCAGCACAUCAGAAAAGAAAGACAAGCUCAAGGGGGACAAAACCAGAACCAUGUCCAGAAUGAAGGAGCUGCUGAGAUGGGCUGCUACUGCAAAAUCAGAGAAGGGAGGAAAUUUCAUUGGUCGAAAGGUUCUGCAUUUUCGAAAUCGUGGCAACCUUAAAGCAGUCCCAAAUGAUGAUCAACUUAGCAAUGAUUCUCCGAAGAUCAGUUUCAGGUGGGAUGUGGAAAGCUGCUCCACCACUUCCUCUGCCUACUCAGCGUUUUCUAUGGCAUCCUCCUCUCAAAUUGACCAUCAUACCCUGAACGUUCCAUCAUCAUCAAAUUCAACUCUUUUUCUGGGCCACCAUCAUACCACUUCUAGAAAAGGAAAUUGGAUCACCACCGACUCCGACUUUGUGGUGCUAGAGCUAUGAAGAAGAGAGUUUAAAGAUGAUCUUCCAAGGUUAUAAAUCAAAAUCAACUGCUUAGAGCAUUCGCAUUUGGCUCAACAAAUUUACUCUCAAUUUUAGUUUUUUUUUUAAAAAAAAAAAAAAAAAAACCAUGUUUCUCUAUUUUAGCUACCCACUUUUCUAAACAUGUAUGUGAUCCGGCUCUCUAUUCUAGCUAUUAACUUUCACUAUUCUAUUUACAUAUUUAUUUUUGAAGAUUUCUUUAUUCUUUCUUUGAGAGAAGAGAGAAUGUUAGAGAUUUUUUUAAUGCUUUUUUCACAUUUGGUGAGUGAACCAGUGUUCACCAAAUGUUUCAGCAUUUUGCUGAGCCAGGUGUAGUUUAUUUUAAAUCUUAUUUUAGUAUUUUGACUAUGCAAAA